AAGCGGCGGCCGGGCAGCCAUGUCGCCUUUGUCUGCGGCGCGGGCGGCCCUGCGGGUCUACGCGGUAGGCGCGGCGGUGGUGUUGGCGCAGCUGCUGCGGCGCUGCCUCGGGGGCUUCGCGGAGCCAGUUUUUCCCCCACAACCCGACCGUGUGGCCAUAGUGACCGGAGGCACGGAUGGCAUCGGCUAUGCCACGGCGAAGCAGCUGGCGAGGCUCGGCAUGCACGUGAUCAUAGCCGGAAACAAUGACAGCAAAGCCCAAGACGUUGUGCGGAGACUAAAGGAGGAGACGUCGAAUGACAAAGUGGAGUUUUUAUGCUGUGAUCUGGCUUCCCUGACGUCCAUCAGGCAAUUCGUCCAGAAGUUCAAGAAGAAGAAAAUCCCUCUCCAUGUCCUGGUCAAUAACGCCGGCGUGAUGAUGGUCCCGCAGAGGAGCACCAGAGACGGAUUUGAGGAGCACUUCGGGCUGAACUACCUGGGCCACUUCGUCCUCACCAACCUCCUGCUGGGCUCCCUGAAGGAGGCCGGACGUCCCGGCCGCACCGCCAGGGUGGUGACCGUCUCGUCCGCCACGCAUUACGUGGGCGAGCUGCGCAUGCGCGACCUGCACGGCAGCCGCUGCUACUCCCCCCACGGCGCCUACGCCCAAAGCAAGCUGGCGCUCGUCCUGUUCACCUACCACCUGCAGAGACUGCUGGCCGCCCAGGGGAGCCCCGUGACCGCCAACGUGGCCGACCCGGGGGUGGUCGACACGGACCUGUACAGACACGUCUUCUGGGGCACGCGCCUCAUCCAGAAGAUGCUCGGCUGGUGGGCGUUCAAGACCCCAGAUGAGGGAGCCUGGACCUCCGUCUAUGCAGCGGUCACCCCGGACCUGGAGGGAAUCGGCGGCCGCUACCUUUACAACGAGAAAGAGACCAAGUCUCUGACGGUCACGUACGACCGAGAUCUCCAGAGACAACUGUGGGCCACAAGUUGCCAAAUGACCAGCAUCCCUGACGUGACCCAAGACACCCUCUUGGGGUAACGGCCACAUUGGGAAGACCUCGCCUCGGGCCGGCAAACGCAGGUCUGUGACAGAUCCCCGUGUCUGCCUUUUCCACAGCUGCUGCCUUCAGGGCUCUGUCCCCAACGGUCUCCCGUCUGCUGUCCUGCCUUUGCGGGAAAUCGGGGAACAAAAGAAAUAUUGAGUGUGGCCUCCAAGUGGCCGAGAGCCAUAAAUUGUGUGCCAAGUUUCUCCCAAGUGCCAGGAACCAUUAAAUGCUGCCUAAGCCAA